UUCAUUGGAUCUGAAGCUGAAGCAAUUUCCAGGAAAAGUGGAAAACCUUGAAACUAAAGGUUAAUAUAUAUAAAUUCUUCAGAAGUUCAAAGAGACAACAAUGGGUCAAUCUUGUUUCUUCAAAGCUCUUCUUGUUUCCUCUCUGAUACUACUGAUCUUCUUCUCCACUGCCUUGGGGAGAGACUUGCGAACUGCAAAGUUGUCAGGAGUUUACAGUACUGCUGAGCUAUUUCCUUCCACGGAAGGAAUUGUGAGGAAGACAAUGGAGCUGAUGGAUUACGAGCCGGCGGGGUCUAACACCAAUUGGAAUGGUUUCGUCGCCUCUCCUCCUCCCGAGUCUCCACUUUCAUAACUUCAGAAAAUAUAAACUCGUUUAAAGUUUUCUCUUUCGAAACAGAAUGGUUUGGCUUCGGAUAAUACUGCAAUAAUAACACAAUAUGUAAAAGUUUAAGCUCUACUAUCUCAAUUGUGGAAAAUACUCGUUCAAAUUGUAACAAUAUUUGUUUGAUAUCAUUGGUGGAAAUGACUUUUGUUAACCUCCCACACAUCAAUUUUUGGAUAUGUUGUUCUCUUUUUAAAAGUUUGCACUUGGGGGAAAAAUCUGCCGCUAUUUCAAAGUAAAUAAAUGUAUCUG